AUGGACCCUCUCAGCAUUAGUGCCAGUAUCAUUGCCCUGCUACAGGUCUCAGGAGCCGUCAUCGAGCUGCUCUCUGCAAUUGCUUCCGCGUCAAGCGAUAUUCGCUCCCUGGCGGUUGAAAUCGGCACAACACGCUCAUUACUGUCGAGCAUUUUAGAUCUAACAGAUACAAGUGAAGGAUGGAAUGAGUGCCUACGGAAUAUCACAACCAAAAAUGGCCCAGUUCCAUUGCUAGAGGAUCUCUUGACAAAACUGGAACGCCAUCUGAACCGUGAAGCGAGCGUGGAGAAAGAAUUCAGGCAACUGAAGAAGAAGCUUACAUGGCCAUGGAGAAAAGAGGAAACACAAAAGAUGUUAAAGACUGCACGAAUUGCUAGAGGGUUGCUCGCUGAGGCUCUAGCAGUAGAUCAUCUAGCUCUCACAAAGGAACUUCGACAGGAGACGAGAGAAAUCCACGAAGAGUUCCAGACGUUGCAGUUAAGACAAGAUGAAAAUCAGCAAAGUUUGCUUCUUGAAUGGUUAUCAUCUGUUGAUGUCACUGAGACUCACUAUGCUACUCGCAAUAAACAUGAACCAGGAACUGGGGAAUGGCUCCUUACAUCUGAUACUUAUAAUCUAUGGCUGCAUGGAACCAUGGAGCUCAUGUGGCUUUAUGGAAUCCCUGGUUCUGGAAAAACAGUGCAUUGCUCGACUAUCAUCGAAAAUGUUCAGGACUUGUGUGCCAGUGGCAAGAGUUCCCGGUCCAUUUGCAUCUAUUACUAUUUUGACUUCAAGUAUCCAAAGCGACAAACGCUGGAUGGCCUUGUCAAAUCCGCUCUUGCCCAAUUUUGUCAGCAAAGUACGAACAUACCAUCAGAGGUGGUGGAGCUUUAUGAGGAGCGAGGACGGAAAGGCCAAGAUCCAAGCCCAGAAAAGAUCAAAGAAACUUUAAUUUUGCUUCUCAAGCAGCAUUCCGGAAGAACAUAUAUUAUCCUUGAUGCUUUAGAUGAAAGUCGAGAACAAGAAAAUAUUUUAGAUCUUAUUUCAAAGAUCCAAGAUGGUCAAGGUUGGUCAGUGAACGCAUUAAUCUCCAGCCGCAAGGAACAACAAAUUGAGGCGAGCCUCUCCUUCCUGGCUACUCAAAAGAUAUCACUGCAUGGCCCAAAUGUACAUGACGAUAUUCAAAAACUGGUUCACCGGGUCCUCUUAAACGAUCCUGUUCUGGCUAAGCGUCCUAUUUCUAUGAAGAAGGAGAUUGAACAGGCCUUAACGGCAGGCGCCAAUGGAAUGUUUCGAUGGGCAUCAUGCCAGCUUGAUGCUUUGCGUUCCUGUUUAACGCCAUCCGCAGUGCGAAAGACGCUUCAAUCCCUCCCUCAAAGUUUAGAUGAAACGUACGGGCGAAUUCUCUGUGGAAUUGAUGAGGAAGUCUACCUUAUUGCCUUCACUGCACUACAAUUCCUAAUGGCCUCAUCUCGCCCUGUUGACUUAGCGGAGUUGUCUGAAAUGGUGGCCAUCCGACCUGGAACUAGUAUAUUUAGCGACAUCGACCGACUUUUCGAUCCUAAAGAUCUAAUGGUGGUCUGCUCUAGCCUUAUUACUCAAUCAAGAGCAGGCUUUGUUCAACUCUCUCAUUACUCUGUUCGAGAAUUUUUGAUUUCGGAGAGAAUAUGUGAGGGACCAGCCAGUCAUUUUGCUAUACGGGACUCCGAAGCACAUCUAGCAAUUGCAGAACGAUGCUUGACAUAUCUUCUAUCAUUUGAUCAACCAGUCAUACCAACUGAGAUCGGGUCAGAAUCUCUCCACUCAUCUGCCCUGUCUUCUACAUCAACUUUGGCCGAACAUCUCACACUAUAUGAGCAGCUUGUUGAUGACUACCCAUUAUUGGAAUAUUCCGCAAGUGAAUGGUAUACUCAUGCGCGCCUUGUUCCCUCAGAACACCAGAUCAAGAUCGAACCAAUGAUACUCCAUCUCUUGGAUCAAAACAAUACAGCCUUUCACCAUUGGAUAUCCCUUUAUGGUCUGGGAGAAGACGCAGUUCGGCCUGGAAAUUCACUAUACUAUGCUUCUAAAUUGGGUCUCCCUUCUGUUGUCCAAAAGCUUCUAAAUCAGGGUGUCGAUAUAAAUUAUGUCGGGGGUCAAUAUGGAUCACCCCUGUCAGGUGCCUCAUAUUUUGGCCAGGAUGAAGUUGUCCGCAUUUUGCUAGAGCAUGGCUCCAAUGUCAAUGUUCAAGCAGGAACCUUUAAUACACCUUUACAAACAGCCUGCGUGGAGAGAAGAACCGAAAUUUUUCAUUUGCUUCUUACCUAUGGUGCAGAUAUCAAUACCACAGGAGGAUACUACGGCUGCGCACUUCAAGCUGCAGCAGCAAGAGGGUGGCCGGAAGCAGCUUUGGAACUGAUUGAACUGGGUGCCGAUGUGAAUGCCGUAAAGGGCCAAUUUGGGACCGUUCUCCAAGCGGCAUCUCGGUAUGGUCGAGAUGAGCUUGUCAUGAAGCUUUUAGAUCGAGGAGCGAAUGUCAAUGCCACGGGCGGUUAUUAUCACACAGCACUUCAGGCUGCCGCACGAGGAGGGCACCUAAGUAUUGUUCAAUUGUUGUUGGAACAUGGAGCAGAUGUGAGCAUUGAGGGUGGAUUCUGUGGAAAUGCGCUGAAUGCGGCCUAUUCACGGCACAACCAUCAUGUGGCUGAGGUUCUCAAGGCCCAAAUAUCAAUGGAGACUGGGAAGACUCGUCGGUUAUGA